GCAGUCCCGCUUCCGGCGCCGCGGCCAUGGAGGCUCCGGGCGGGCUGGAGGCGCUGCGCUGUCGCCGCCGCCGCCUCUGCCUCUCCUCUCCGGGCGCCGGGAGUCCCUCCGCGGGCGGGGGCGGCGGCUCUGCGCUGCCCUGGGGGCGCCUGUCGGCCUGGCUGGAGUGCGUGUGCGCCGUCACCUUCGACCUGGAGCUGGGCCAGGCCGUGGAGGUGGGUGAGGCGCCCCCCGGAGCGCAGGGAGUUCCGCAGGUCGGGCAGCGAGGAGGCGCCUUCCCUUCCCGCGGGAAGCGGAGCAGAUUCUCCGCCGGCUCCUUCGGGGCCACUAAGUAGCUCGGCUGAGGCCCCGCUGCUUCUUGGGUCGGGGCUCCCCCGUUUGUGGCGACACGGAGCGUCCCCUUUGCCCACUUCUUCUGCUGGGUGGGUGGGUCACUCUGAGGGAACAUAAUAAAAAUAAAAAGAUAAUUAUUUAUUCGCCCCCCACCUGGCUGGGUUUCCCCAGCCACUCUGGGCAGCUUCCGACAAAAGGUUAAAAAUACAUUAAAACAUCAGUCUUUAAAAAGCUUCCGUGUACAGGGCUGCCUUCAGGUGUCUUCUAAACAUCAGAUAGUUGCUUAUCUCUUUGACAUCUGAUGGGAGGUCAGGCACCACCGCCGAGAAGGCCCUCUGCCUGGCUCCCUGUAACCUCACUUCUCAGGAGGAAGACCUCCGUGUACAGACAGGGAUGGGGGCGGAGAUGCUGCUUCAGGUAUACUGGGCCAAGGCAGUUUGGAGUUUUAAAGGUCAGCACCAACACUUGAAUGGUGCUUGGAAACGUACUGGGAGCCAAUGUAGGUCCUUCAGGACUGGUGUUAAAUGGUCUCGGCAGCCGCCCCCAGUCACCAGUCUGGCUGCCGCAUUCUGGAUUAGUUGCAGUUUCCUGAUCACCUUCAAAGGUAGCCCCACGUAGAGCGCAUUGCAGUAGUCCAAGCGGGAGAUGACUAGAGCGUGCACCACUCUGGCAAGACAAUCUGCGGACAGGUAGACAGCUGCCCUGGACACAGAAUUGACCUGCGCCUCCAUGGACAGCUCCACCAAGUAGCUGAGCUGAGGCCCUGUUGCUUCUUGGGUCAGGGCUCCCCUGAUUUGGGCCACGCCGAGCCGUGUGCCUCCUUUGCCCCCUUCUUCACCCUGAGGGAAGAGGCUCCUUUUGGCAUCUCCCCCAGCCCAGGCUGCAUCCAGGGGCCCUGCAGCUCAGAGCAGGUGCAGACAUGAACCUCUGGCGCCUCAAGUGUUUCUGUGGCACAAGCCAGAGGUCUCCAGCCCCCCUCCAAAUGCUGCAAGGAAACUGAGGCAGCUCUUGCUGGGAGGGGCUGGGCUCUGCCACCUGCCGGGUCCAGCCACUGAGAGUUUCUCCUUUUUUUUGCAGCUGGUGUAUCCCCCUGACUACACCUUGACGGAAAAAGAGGUGAGAGGGCCCCGGCCCCACUGCUGCUGCCCUGGCCCCAAAGCCUGUGGGGUGGGGAGUGGGGGGAGGAGCUGCUCUUCACACCCUCUUCGCUUCCUGUGUUCCAGAAAACAAGCAUCUGCUACCUAUCCUUCCCCGACUCUUACUCAGGUAAGUGGGUUUGGCACAGGGUCAGGACAGAGUCAAGUAGGGAGGCAAUACAGCCAUUGAACCGCCGGCUGAUUUGAUCUGCUUUGGUAUUUGUAUUGUGUUUUUACAACAACGUCAGGUUCUAGGUGCUUGAGGCAGUGGCUCAACAGAGAACAACUUUUCUAUGGAGUUUCUAAAAUUCCCCAAACGGAUUCCUGGAAAAAGGCAGAGUCUUAAGUGGUAGCAUUCAAUCUGUCUCUCUGCAGUCACUUCAGAAUUGUUAGGGAAGGAGUUGCUGGUGUAAAGGGUAGAGGUCCUGUCCCCAAUCAGGAUUAGUGCCGUGUAUCCAACCGUGUAUCCAACUGCCCACAGCAACCCAACUCUCAGGUGGGGCAAGGGAGUCCUCUGUCUCUGGAGAUUCACGCCAGUGUCCUUUUCCAGCUUGCGUGGGGGCCUGCAGUCACCCUGGACGAUGGCUUCAGGCAUGUGGAUUUUUGAGGAGGGCAGAAUCCUCUUGAAUCCAUUGUCUCAGCCGCUCUGUUUCUCCCGCCCUGUCUCUCUCCAUCCCAGGCAGCCUGGGAGACACCCAGUUCAGCUUUCGCUUCCGUCAGUCUGGGGGGCAGCGAAAUGCAGUGGAUGGGGAUGACUUUGACUAUAACAGGGAAGCUGCUGUAUCGUUACAGGUCAGUUGUGAUACUUUCAGGGUUAAAAGCAAAAGGGCUGAGAUGCUUGGCUUUAGUCUCCAGGAGACGUAGAUUUUUAGCAUUUCUGAGAUGGAAACUAUUAUCGUUAUUACUUGUCGUUUAGUACAAAAAAUUAACUUUAAACAACUUUUUUUAAAAUGUUAAAUUUGAAAUGCAUCUAUUCUGAACGACAUCUCUGGGGAUGAACUUGUGGGGGGCCAGACUAUAUUUGGGGGGGGGGAAUGAAUGAAUUCCUAUGCCCCACAAAUAACCCAGAGAUGCAUUUUAAAUAAAAGCACACAUUCUACUCAUGUAAAAACACGCUGAUUUCCAGAUUGAGAAGGCGAUUGGGCCGCAUCCGGCCCCCUGGCCUUAGGUUGCUUACCCCUGCUCUAGAGGGUUGUAGCCGUGAGGACGUCCCUGCAGGCCAGGCGCUGGGGCUGAACGUGAUUGUGGGGGGUUGUUCACAGACACUUCUGCUUCCCCAACCCAGAGAGACCCUGCACACUACUUUGGCUACGUGUUCUUCCGACAAGUCAAGGACAGCUCUGUGAAGAGAGGCUACUUCCAGAAGGUGAGCCAAGCCUGGUUGCUCAGGAGCCUCUGACCUGAUGAGCCGUUUCCUUUGCACAAAGCUGGAGUCGCUCCUUGCCAGUGAGGCUCUGGCAGAAGAGUAGGGAGGAGCGGAGGGGGCCCAAGGAGGGGCAGCUAUGCCAAGGGCCUCAAAAGCGGGGGGGGGGGCUGCUUGUUCUCCUGGCUCCUCCAGCCUCUUCUCUUCUGGGUCUGCCGGGUGCUGCCCAAAAUGGCACGAGCCGUAAGUUUGUGCUGUAGGAAAGUGUGGUGGAGCUGCUUCCUCCUGGGCAGAUGGCAGGUCCCUUGGGGGUGUCACAGAAGCAGCUUUGGAAUUAGGGUGCUGGGCAAGAAGAGAACCAAGCAGAUUUGACCCACUGGCCUGAAACGAUGGGCAGAGCACAAGAGGGGGGCUGUGGGGAGCGACACAAGAUGGAAAAGGAAGAGGAGGAGAUGGGCAGGAUCUCUUGCAGCCCUUCCUGCGUCUUUCCGAGAGUCAUGGCUGCCCGCCAGUGUAGGAGCUGGGUGUGGAGAGGGCAGCUGAAUGGGGCAAAGCUGUGGGCAGCCAGAGGAAGCGCCAUCCCUCUUGGGCUGCCCAUAAGAAGCGAGUCUAGAGGGAGAGACGAAGGAGAUGUCUGCUGUUUCUGAAAACUCUUCUCUCUGUGGGUGAGCAAAGAGCUUGUUUGGACCCUGGCUGGGUGAGAACCCAGAGGCUGAGAGGGAGGACUUGUUAUUGAUGUAUAGAUGUCAGGAAUGUUGUAUUAUCGUAACAGUUUAAUACUUAACUAUGUUCUUGUAAUAUUUUGCGUAAGUUGUCUGCUGUUGCUUCAGUUUUCUGUACACUGCUUAGAGGUAUUUUUACUCUAUUAAAUGGUAUCGAAAUGCAGCCAUCCAUCCAUCUCUCUCUCUCUCUCUCUCCCUCUCUCCCUCUCUCCCUCUCUUUCUCCCUCUCCUCCAGUCUCUUGUCCUGGUGUCUCGCCUCCCCUACGUCAACCUCUUCCAGGCCUUGCUGCAGCUCAUAGCCCCAGAGUACUUUGACAAGCUGGACCCGUGCCUGGAGGCAGGUGAGAAGGGACUGGUUACCCCUGGGGCCAGGCCUGACGAUGGCAGGCAACAUCAUUGCCCAACCUGGCGCCCUCCAGGUGUUUUGAACUACAACUCCCAGCAGCCCCAGCUGGCCCAGGGGACAGGAAGCUGAUUGGAGUCAUGGUCCGAAAGGCCUGGAGGGCGCCAGGUUGGCCAAGGCUCCCAGGAACCUGUGCAGAGGUGGCCCUUUUGCCUGUCCUGCAUCUCCUGCUGGCCAGUUUUGCGGGGUGACCUGCUGCUGACCCCACCCCAAGAGGAAGCCCUUCUGUUUUCUCUCCAAGACGCCCCAUUGCCUGAGCCUCUCAUCUCCCAGGUACGCGGGGAGAGAUGGCUGCCGCCGUGUUGGCCUUUCCCCUCCUCCCCAGGAUGGGGGGCAAAUCAGCUGAGACGAUGGAGGGAGGCGGGGGCCACUGCAUUUGGGGUGGGGGAGUCCAGGGCUGCCUCCUAAACCAGCCUUGCCUCUUCCAGUGUGCAGCGAGAUUGACCAGUGGCCGCCGCCUGUGCCGGGCCAGACCCUCAAUCUCCCAGUGAUGGGCGUUGUCAUUCAGGUAAUAAUAAUAAUAAUAAUAAUAAUAAUAAUAAUAAUAAUUUAUUUAUAUCCCGCCCUCCCCAGCCGAAGCCGGGCUCAGAGCGGCUAACAACAAUAAAAGUAACACAGCAUUCUAAAAUCAAUUCAUUUUAAAAUCAAUUCAGAAUCAAAUUAAUGGCAACCAUUGGGCUAGAGCUCUGUGAGGAUUACCAAAGGAGGGGGGUCAGGCUGUGCCCUGGCCAAAGGCCUGGUGGAACAGCUCCGUCUUGCAGGCCCUGCGGAAAGAUGCCAAGUCCCGCAGGGCCCUAGUCUCUUGUGACAGAGCGUUCCACCAGAUCGGGGCCAUGGCUGAAAAGGCCCUGGCCUUAGUUGAGACCAAUCUAACCACCUUGCGACUUGGGACCUCCAAAGUGUUGUCAUUUGUGGACCUUAAGGUCCUCCGCGGGGCAUACCUGGAGAGGUGGUCCCGUAAGUACAAGGGUCCUAGGCCGCAUAGGGCUUUAAAGGUUAAAACCAGGUACCUGUCGGGGAUGGGGUGCAGCAGGGGAGGGGGCUCUGGGGGAGGGGCGCUCACUCUGCCUGUCCCUCUUCAUGGCGCAGGUGAGGAUUCCCUCUCGUUUGGACAAGCCUGGCUCCAGCCCUGCCAAGCCCCAGAAUCAGGAGGUGAGAGCUGCUGGGACUAGGAGGCGGCCGGGGGGGGGGGGGAGGAGGGGGCGGAUCCUGCCAUGGCCUAUGCUUUUCCCUGCGGCACAGUAAGCAGCAUUCGAUGGUCUCCCUGUGGACACUCCUUCCUUGGAGGUUUCUAAGCAGAGGUGGGGGGGGGCACCUGUCAGAGGUGCUUUAGCAACAGUUCCUGCAUUGCAGGGGGGCGGGGACUAGACGUGACGUGUGAGAAGAAUGGCUGGGUGGCAAGAUGCCGUUCUUCAGCUCAGCGGGGCAGAGAUGGCCCUUGUGGUUCGGCCUGCGGCUGCCUCCACCAGGACAGGGGCUUGUUUCUGCAUAUAACUGGGUCCUGAGCUGCUGUCAGCUGGUCUCUGCCUGGAGUUGCCAGACUGAAUCCCUCCAGGGACCUCUAAAUGCCGCUCUAUCUGACUAAGAAGACACCUGAAGGCAGCCCUGUUUAGGGAAGUUUUUUAUGUUUGAAGUUUUAUUCUGCUUUUAGUUUUCUGUUGGGAGCCGCCCAGAGGGGUUGGGGAAAGCCAGCCAGAUGGGUGGGGUAUAAAGAAUAAAAUUAUUGUUAUUAUUGUUAUUGUGACCCCUCAUGUGCUUCCCUCUGGGUGAACCACAUUGCACGGGGGGGGGGGGGGGUUUUUAUGAUGCCAACCGUGUCUCCCUUGGGAUUUGGACUGAGACUUAAAGCUCCAUUUGGGUCAUCCACUGACUCCCUUCCUCUCCCCCCCCCCCAGAACCUCUUGCCAGCCCCCCUAGUCCUCCCCAGCAUCCACGAACUGGACCUCUUCAGGUGAGAGCACUCUCUUCUUCUGCCCCCUGCUAGAAGGGGCAAGUCUGGGGAGCUGCAGAGGGCACAAGGGAGGGGAGGGGGGGUUCCUGAGUAGUAUCUGGUGGGGCAAAGGGGGGGCUCUCAGGGGAGCCUGCCUACCCUUUGGCCCAGAGCAGGCACCCCCAAACUCGGCCCUCCAGAGGUUUGGGGGCUACAGUUCCCAUCAUCCCUGACCACUGGUCCUGGUAGCUAGGGAUGAUGGGAGUUGUAGUCCCAAAACAGCUGGAGGGCCGAGUUUGGGGUGCCUGGCCAGGAGCCUCCCCAGGGAGGGGAUUUUGCUUCAGCAAAAGGUAGUUUGGAUGGCUUUAAAUGGGGGUGGACAAAUUCAUGGAAGAGAGGAGGGCAAUGGGUGGCUCCCAGCCUGCUCAGAUGGCGGCAGCCGUGGAAACCUCAGGCAGGGAGACCAGCUCCUGAGUUCCGAUCCUGAGUGUGGGUUUCCCCCUCUGGUUGGCCCCUGUGAAAAGAGGGCACUGGGGCUCCCUUGGGCCUAAUCCAGCCGGUUCUUCUGGGGUUUUGAGGGGUUUUUCCUCACCCUGGGGGGCUCCUUUCAUCCCCCUUGGGGAAUCUGGUGGCAGGAGCCCCAGAGACUCAUGGGGACAGUUUUCUCUGGGGGCAAAGCAGCUCUUGUCUCUGGGGGGCCUGAGGAGGCUUCGAUGCACCACCUCGUCCCGCUUUCCGAGGCCUGGCGAUAGGGGCGAGGGCGCCCCUGCCCCACAGUCAGCCUGCCCUGGCCUGGCCCCACCUGCCCCCUCCCGCUCUCUCCGCAGGUGCUUCCAGCCGGUGCUGAUCCACCUUCAGGCGCUGUGGGAGCUGCUCCUCCUGGGGGAGCCCCUCGUGGUCAUGGCGCCUUCGCCUGCCGCCUCCUCAGAGAUGGUCCUCGCCCUGACCAGGUGGGGGGCCGCUGGGCCCAGUUAGCCUGUUGGGGCGGGGGUGGGGGCGAAUCUCCAGAGUUGCCCCUGGUUAAAAGACCCUCAGAGCCCCUUGCCAAAGGGGAGGACAAAGGGGACCCCCUAUCAGGGCAAGGGGGGUUCUGCCAGCACCUAUAGCAGUCUUCCUGCCCCCCCUGGCCGGUUUGGGGGUGCCUGUGGGAGCCUCCUGACGGGGGCUGCCCCCUCCCUCUCCACCAGCUGCCUGGCCCCCCUGAAGUUCUGCUGCGACUUCCGCCCCUACUUCACCAUCCACGACAGCGAGUUCAAGGAGUACACGACGCGGACGCAGGCCCCGUGAGUGUCCUCGGGGGGAGAUGCCGGGGGGGGACAGACCGGGGGUUCCUAGCUGAGGAUUGACCCCCCCCUUCUCCCCCCCCCAGGCCAAGUGUUGUCCUGGGCGUCACCAAUCCCUUCUUCAUCAAGACUCUGCAGCACUGGCCUCACAUCCUGCGUCUGGGGGACCUCAAGAUGGCCGGUAAGGAGGGGUUCUGGGCCCGCCUGGCUGCGAGGAUCCUGGCCCUUGGGAACUGGGGGGGGGGGGUUGGAGGGGGGAGCAGUCCAGGGCUCAGCCAGGGGCACAGGAGCCCAUGCCCGGAAGGCCAGCCAGGCUCAGGGACAUGUUGGCUUGCAGCCCCCCACCCUUGGGCCUUGUGAUUUUACUUUUUUAAAAAAAUAUAUAUUAAAGAUUUAAACAAAACGUAUUAUCCAAAAGCAUGUCAUCCUUAAUUUUUUCCCCAUUUUCCUCCCCCCCCCCAAAACCCCACCACCACCCCGACUUCCCUCAGUUCCAGUCUUUGGUUUCUUUGUGAAUGCUGUUCUCUGCAUGUUACAAAGUUGUAUAGAUCCUUAAAAUGUUUAGCUGAUUAUUGUCAAUAAAAAAAGUUUCUGAAUGUUUAUUCAAAACCUGCCAAGGAGUCCAGUUCGCUUUGUUGCGUCUUCAAAUACUUUGUAAAGGGUUCCCAUUCAUCUUUUAAGUCACAGUUAUCCUUGUCCCAUAGCUUGUGUGUCAGUUUUGCCAGUUCUGCAUAGUCCAUCAAUUUUUCUUGCCGUGAUUCUUUAGUUGGAAUUUCUUCGGCCUUCCAUCCUUGUGCUAUUCGGACGGCCUUGUGUUUUUCCUUAGGGGAUUUGCCCAAGCAGGUCAAGGUGAAGAAGCUGGCCAAGCUGAAGACCUUGGACGCCAAGCCGGGUAAGGAGCAAGGCUCUGGCUGUGCCCCCGGGGGCCGCAAAGGUGGGCCUCAGUGGGCCUUUAGGAGCCCCUCGGUGGCUCCGCUGCUGGUGCCGUGUUCAAAAGCCGCUCCUGGAUGAGACAGCAGAGCAGAGAAGCUGGCAGGGGCUCCCCCAGCACUUGCUGGGUGGGCGGCCAGCAGGUGCCUCUCUCUCACCUGGGAAACACAGGGGGCUCCAUGGCAUUCCCUGCGAAGGACCCCCCCCCCGCCACAUGGCCUCCUGGCCUCACUUCCUUGUGGUGGUCUCUGGCUGCAGGACUUUACACCUCCUACAAGACCUUCUUGCACAAGGACAAGACCCUGAUCAAGCAGCUCUUGAAGGUGAGUGGCGGGCGCUGCGGGGGGGGAGGGGCUGGUGGCUUGGAGCCCAGUUCCCCCUUGGGGGUCAGAGCCUUCCAGGAGAGGGGCAGGGAGAGGCCGGGGCCCCCACAAGCGCCAUGACCUUCCCUCCCGCCUCGCAGGGCAUCCACAAGAAGCAGCCUUCCGACGCCCAGAGUGCCCUACUGCGCCGCCACCUCCUGGAGCUCACGCAGAGUUUCAUUAUCCCCCUGGUGAGUAGCGGCAGCGGGAGGGGGGGCAGGUGCCCCCUCCAUCCAGCCUCGGCCUGCCCAGGGAAAUGAGGAGGACGAGGAGCACAGGGGGAAGGCAGCCUUCCACUGACGUGGGCCAUGGAGGCGCGUCCCCCUCCCCGUUGCCCCCCCUGACUGGCAGCCAGGGCUCUCUCUCCCCGCCCUACGUGGGGCCUGGAGGCCUUGUGCACGCCCAGCAGGUGCUCUGCCGGGGGGCCUCUCUCCCUUUGGAGGUUGCGGUCCUGCUGCCCCCUGGGGAGGAGGCUGGCUGUUUCAAGCCAUCCCCCCCCCCCCGAGCUGCAUGAUUGUCCGGGCGGGGGGGAGGCCUCUUCUUGGCAGAGCUGAAAGGGGGUCCUCUGAUUUCUUUCUCCCUCCUGGCCUUCCCUAGGAGCACUACAUGGCGAGUCUCAUGCCGCUACAGAGGGCCAUCACCCCCUGGAAGGUACGUGGUCUCCCCCCCAGCUCAGUUCUGAGCUCUCAGGGCAGCCCUCUGGUGGCAGCGCCAGGGGGUCUUUGCCCGCUGGGUCACCCACAGGCUCCUCUGGCCUGGCUGCUGUAGGGGCCAGUCACGCAGGGCGCAUAUGGGGGGCAGCUGGCCAAGCGCAUGCUCUGCGGAGCACAGUGGUCUUUGUGGCUGCAGCCCCCUGGCCGGAAGGGAUGUCGCUGGGCUGUGGGCAUACCCGGAGGGAGUGCCCAGUUUGCCAUGGGUUCAUUCAUUCUCUCUCUCUCUCUCUCUCUCUCACGUGCUCAGAACCCCCCUCAGAUCCGCCCUUUCCAGCAGGAGGACUUCCUCAAGACCCUGGAGCAUGCUGGGCCUCAGCUCACCUGCGUGCUGAAGGGGGACUGGGUGGGCCUGUACAGGUAGGCCUUGGAGGGCUAAAACAGGAUGGAGGUGCUCUUCCCUGUGUGUGGAAAGCUAGGGUCUCAAGGAGCAGAGCAGGCAGGAGCCAUCAGGAACAAGAUUUUCAACAUCAGGGAGUUUGUCCAAUGGGGGAACCUCCAAACCCAGUACAAUCGUAUUUCGAAAUAGUACACAGUCCAAAAAGAAGGCUGCUUUUUUCCAGAAAGUGUAGGUUACCUGUUCACCCCUGAAUCUGGUGAGAGGCUAUUCCCUGGAGACCUCCCUUUCUGCAAGCAGGGAAGGGGACAUUGCUGCUCCCCUCGCUCGUCUCACGACAGCCCUUGGGGGCAGCCAUAGAGGAAGAGGGCCAGUCUUGGGGUGGGAAGUGGCUGCUGCCUUCAUUGGCAGGCAGGAGGUCCUUGCCAGCCCUGCCUGGACCCCCUGGAGAUGGAGCCUGGGACCUUCUGCACGCAAGGGAGAUGCUGUGCCCCAGAGCUCCAGCCUUCCCUGGUCGUGCGCCAGAAGAGGGCAGCCGAGGGUUGGAGCGCGCAGGCCCCUUUCAGGAGGGGGAGAGAGAGAGAGGGAAGGAGCUGGCUCUCUCUACAUCACUCCGUUUUGGCACACGUCACCCAGAAAAUGGAGCUCCCUCUUGCUGUCAUCCGUGCUCCUCGGUCCUGAGCUCCAGACCAGCUUGGCAGACUCGGCUCAGGCUGCAGUCAUUGGCCUGAUUGCUAGGGAGACACCCAAUGGCUCCCCUGGCUCAGCUCCUUGCAGACCCCCCCCCAUGGGCUGCUUCCCUCCACUGUGUCUCAGCCGCAGAUCUCAGCCUCCCUGCCAGGGACCAGAUCCUGCCCAUCGCAAACGGGCCUCAUCCAUCCCUCACUCUCUGGCCCCUGAGGACUGGAAACCAACCAAGGCCCAGCAGGCCUUGCAGGACCCAGCCUCCUCCUGUCGCUUAAAGACUAGGCAGAGCCUCUGCCUGAAACCCCAGUCCCGUCCCGUCCCCCGUGGCCCCCUUGCAACACCCACCCAGCCCCCUUCUCCCCCCUCCCCACAGGCACUUCUUCCUUUUUAAAAAUAUUUUUAUUAGGAAUUUAAACAAAUCAUAUAAUCUUAAAACAUAUCAUCCUUAAUCCCCCCCCCAUUUCCUCCCCCCCCCCAUUAAACAACCCACCCUUCCCACCCCCUGGCUUCCCUCAGUUCCAAUCUCUGGUUUCUCUAUAAAUGCUAUUCUCUGCAUGUUACAAAAUUGUGUAGAUCCUUAAUUUAUCUGACUGGUUAUUAUUAGUAAAAAGUUUGUGAGUGUUUAUUCAAAGCCUGCCAAGGAGUCCAGUUCACUUUGUUGCAUCUUUAAAUACUUUGUAAAAGGUUCCCAUUCGUCUUUGAAGUCACAGAUAUCCUUGUCCUGUAAUUUGUGUGUCAAUUUUGCCAAUUCUGCAUAGUCCAUCAGUUUCUCUUGCCAUAGUUCUUUAGUCGGGGUUUCCUCACUCUUCCUUCGUUGUGCUAUUAAGACUCUUGCCGCCGUUGUCACGUACGUGAAGAUAUUUUUCAACUUCCUUGGCAAGUCUUUUCCUACAAUCCCUAGCAAAAAUGCUUCAGGUUUUUAAACAAAUGUUAGAUGGAACAUUAUCUUCAAUUCAUUGUCACAGGCGCUUCUUCCGAUCCCCGAACUUUGAUGGCUGGUACCGCCAGAGGCACCGGGAGAUGAUGCAGAAGUUGGAGGCCCUGCACUUGGAAGCCAUCUCGGAGGCGGUGCGUGCAGAAUGGGGGGUGGUGAAGGGAGGCUCCUGCAUCAAGGGGCGGCUGCCCACACGUCCCCCUUGCGCUUGGGGCUGCUACACUUGGGGCAAUCUCAGCCCUCGGGGUUUGCUGCUUUUGCUGCGGCCAGCAAAGUCUUGUGAGGCCCGUGCUUUCCUGGGUGAUUCAGCCUCCGACAAGCAGCAGUGGUCCGUCCCCCCCGUCCCCCCGACUGCUGCUUUACCUGGCCAGGUUUCCUGGGGGGAGAUCAGAGCUGGGCUUGCGUCACCCUCUUCAGGCAGCAGCAAGGCUGGAAAGGAGCUGGGCAUUUCCGUCUAUAAGACAAGGCUUUUGUAUUAAAAAAAUAAUGUUUAAAAUUGUGGGUCAUCUUAGACACGGAUAGUGCAUAGGGGGGACGUGGGACAGGUUGCUUCCGUGAGCCGGAGAUUUUCAGCGGCUGUUGGGCAUGUUAUUGCUGGCUGUGGCAAGGGCUGGUGUUGAUUGGCUGUCACGGCAGCAAUUUGGUGGGCAAUUGGCGGCCUCUGUCAGCAAGGGGACAGGCACUAGGUGGCUUUAGCCAUGCGUGCAAGUUUUCGCGUAGGUCAUGUGGGUGAGCGAUUUUCAGCUAUUCCUCCUUUAGAAAAAGCUCAACACUCAACAACUCUGGGCAAUCUCCCCCCCCCAUGAUAAAAAUGAUGAAGAAUACGGUAUUUCUUCGCAGUCCGCUUGAGGGCUUUGCAGAGUCAAGGCACCUGCUCAGCAUUUUGCAAAGAGCCAAGCAGGACACACUUGGGCUCCAGCUGAGUCGGGCUCAGGUUUGCCCAGACAGCCCCCCCCCCCCCCGUGCUUUGCAAGAUUCCUAGCAGGUGCGCCAGAAAGUGGCCCCCGGAUCAGGGCCAUUGCCAUUGCCCAGCCCUGCUCUGGGGAGGAGGAGGAGGAAGCAAGGAAGCGUCUUCCCAGCUGAGUCGGCUUCUUUUCCCACAGAACAUCCGGGCCUGGGUGAAGGACAAGUCUGAGGUUGAGGUGGUCGACCUGGUCCUGAAGCUCCAGGAGAAGCUGGUAAGCAGGAUGCUCCCAAGUGAGUUGCACCUGAUGGGUGCAAGGUGCUCGGAUCGGGGUUCUCUCCUCGAGGGAGCAGAGCGGAGCCUGGCUGGCUGGCUGGCCCCUCCAGACUCUGGCCAGGCCUGUUUCAGCCUUGGGAAUCCCCUAAGAAAAUCUCAGCGGACAAGAGUCAGGGCUAAACUCCUACAGAUCCCUCCGCUGAACUUUUGCAUGUGGGCAAUAACUGGAAUCCUGAAGGAGGAGGAGACUCUCUUGGGUCGUUGGGCGAUGUGUUGGUCCCCGUCUGUGGGGACAGGCAGGCAAGUGGUGCCUGGUGUGCAUCCCUGCUGCGAAAGGGGGAGAGGAGCAGCUUCUCUCAAGGUGGGCACUUGGUAUGUCAGAAAGAAAUGGCGAUACAGACGUUUAAAAGGAUGUGCUGUCCAGUUCACGGGGUGGCUUCAGUCAGUCACUUUUAGUGACCUGAUUCUGCCUCUCCCAGUGGACUGGUCUUCAGAAUAUAAGAGCCUGAGACUGGAUCAGGCCACAGGGGCCUAUCUCGGCCAGUAUCCUGUCCUUACAGUGGGCAUCCAGCUGCCCCCCCCCAAGGGCAAGUCCACAAGAAGGAUCUUGGCCCAGGAGCAGCCUUCUCCCCUCCUGCACUUUCCAGUAAAUGGUGCGCAGUGGAGCGUUCCCAAAGCAAAGGAAGGAUUAGACUCUGAUUAAUAGAAUACACACAGAGGCUUGACCAGCAAGACUCUGGGAGGGGUGCGUGUAAUAAUCUGUGCCUCCACCCCUUGGCCCAGGUCGUUUUAUUCAUAAAAUAACUAUUUACACAGCGUUCGUAAGAACCAAUCAGAUAUCCUCUGAGCGUUUCAAAAAACCCCACGUGGGACAAAGUUACACUACAAAAGCUAAUUUAAGCAUGCAUACUUCUAGGGUAAAUAAAACAACUAAAAAGGAAGAAUGCAUUCAACAACCCCGGAGGUCAUAAACAAGCAAUAAAUACAGAGGAAGGAUGGCAAGGAGAUAGGGAUUUUUAUCACCUUCCUGUGAAACUAUUUCCAGGCCCUAAGAUUAACCAAACCAAGGAAGGGUACAUCAAAAAAACUACCUAUUAUCUUUCUGUACUGAGGAUGCCUGAUGAAGCAACUGGCCUGUGUUUCAGAAUGCUUAUACGUGCCUGUCAGGCGUAGAGAAAUGGGCAGUAGAGGAAAUGGCCGGAAAUGCUGAGGCUUGUAGGAUUUGAUCAGAAAUUAUUGUCAAUGAAUCGAACACAGUCAAUGCCAUGCUUUCAUAGCUGAUGCAUAUUUUAUAAUUCCUCAUAGUAAUCCCAUCUGAUCCCCACACUCUGGACAUGUGCAGAAGCAUUUCUUCCUCUGACUGUGGAGGCCAGAGCUGAGCUCUCAGGGCUCGUCCCCACCCAGAGCUGCCUCCUCCUCCUCCUCCUCCACGAAUGGGUCUAAUCCUCUUUUGAAGCCCUCUAGGCUGGUGGCCACGGCCACCUCCUGGGGCAGGGAGUUCCAGAGUCCAUCUCUGUCUGCUUAACUCUUGCGCCUUGCCUCCCCCGCCAGGUGCGCGCCAGGUGCCACCGCCUCCCCGUGAAGGAGGAGGUUCUGCAUCGGGUGGGCCUCUACAUCGCCACCAUCAUUGGGUCGCUCCCUGAGGACCUCCAGGCCGUCCUGGGCCCCCAGUAGAGGCCGCCUGGGCCAGAGGAACCCGACGGCGGGGAGGCAGCUGCCCCCCAUCUUGGCAGGCUGGGCCUGGAGUGGGGCGCCCCGUGGGCUCUUGGAGGGGGCCGCCCUUCCUCCCCACAGAAGCUCUUCUGCCUGCAGGACCCUCUCCUUGGCCCAAGGAUGGUCUCCUGCCCGUUGCUGCGCCCACAUCUCCCCUGUGCCAGAGAAGGGAGAAAUGUCUCCCGCCAGGCAGACGGUGGCCCUGACGUGAGGGCAAGUGGCAGCCCCUCCACCCUGCCCCCCAAAACCCCUUCUCCCUCCACGUGUGUCUGGAUGUGCCUGCUGUGCAGUGGCGGUAAAUGAAUAAGUGUUGGUUGUCAGGAUCCUUUGCUGCUGAGCUUUGCCUCGGCCAUCUUUAUUUAUUGCCUUUUUACACCCCCCUUGUCUAAGCCAAAGGUUCCCAAUGUGGGGGGUAGUGCCCCCCUUUGGGGGGCAGUGAGAUUCCCUGGCGGGGCGCUGGAGGAACAAAGGACCACCAGUCUUUGAAACGCUGGCGUCGCUGGAUCCAGUUCACCCGCUUUGUUGAAUUAAACUCAGUCGUUUUAACAGGCUUUGGAAUAAAUGUGCAAUUAAUUGUUC